UCCGGCUCCUAGAGCGUAGCCGGAACGCCUCAGCCCGCUCGUCUAGCGAGGCCCCCCAAUCCGCGUACGCCCCCCUCCUCGGGUCCGAGGGGGACUCGCGAAGCACCUCGGCGCGGAGGCAGGGAACCCGAGCCUCGGAGCGACCCAACCUCUCGUCUCGCUGCCCGCCCGCGCCUGGAACCGGGCGCGGAGACCCCGGCGAACUCAGAGACCGAACAGAGGACAGAAGCGGCAGGCGGCGGACGUGGCCGCGAAGCGGCGCGCCGGGGUGCAGCGCACCCGCCCCGGAGCAGGGGAACCGCGCCUUCCCUCAAACCUCGGCUCCAACCCUCGGAGCCUGCCGCCUCCCCAGCCCCGCUGCACUCUCGACUCAGGGCCCUCACCCGUGAUGCCGAGCGGAGCCUCCAGCCUUCCGACCCGCUGAAGAAGCAGUAGCCGCUUGCUCGGGGCCGACGGAGACUUGGGCGAGCGGAUCGUGCUCGGCGGAGGCUCGGGCUGCGGAGCGCGGGGACUCCGGGGGGGAGGGGGGAGGGACCGCUCUGUCCAUGCCCGGGCGCCAGCCACGGCUUUGAAGGGUCUCCUUGCUCGGCCCCUUAGCAGCUCCGCCACGGACUCCGGGAGGCAUCGGGAGACGUCCUGGGGCUUCCCACCCGACCCGAUCGGACUUAAGAAGGUGAUCGCUCUGCUCUCCCUUCCUCCUUCCCGCCUCCUUACCCCCACUUAACUUUUUGUCUCCACUCGCCCGCAGCUCCGUCCCCUCCGCGCAAACCCACCCGCGGCUGUGCCAACCGCCGGAGCAUGGGCCCCCCAACACGGCUCCCGGAGGCCCCGCGGCACCGCAAGAUGUGAGAGGCCCGGGUCCGGCAGAGCCAGAGCUUCGGGAGAGGAGCUGAUAGCCCCCAGCCUCCACACGCCAGGCGAGGUGGCGGUGCGCACUGCGCCCCCGCGGUGCUGAGCGUCCCGGAGCGCCCAACCCGGGGCCGGAACGUUUAGCUGGCCGGAGGCGCGCCGCGGAGAGCAGGCUGUCAUGCCCUAUUGAUCCCCCCGCCCCCUGCCAAGUAUGUUUGGGCUGGACCAAUUCGAGCCCCAGAUCAACAGCAGGAACGCUGGCCAGGGCGAGAGGAACUUUAACGAGGCCGGACUAAGCAUGAAUGCCCACUUUAAGGCCCCGGCUUUCCACGCGGGGGGACCCCCUGGCCCGGUGGACCCUGCCAUGAGCGCGCUGGGCGAGCCCCCGAUCUUGAGCAUGAACAUGGAGCCUUACGGCUUCCACGCGCGUGGCCACUCGGAGUUGCACGCGGGGGGGCUGCAGGCGCAGCCGGUGCACGGAUUCUUUGGAGGCCAGCAGCCGCACCACGGCCACCCGGGAGGCCACCACCCCCACCAACAUCACCCUCACUUUGGGGGCAACUUCGGCGGCCCGGACCCGGGGGCCUCAUGCCUGCACGGGGGUCGCCUACUUGGCUACGGCGGCGCCGCCGGCGGCCUGGGCAGCCAGCCGCCCUUCGCGGAGGGUUAUGACCACAUGGCGGAGAGCCAGGGGCCGGAGAGCUUCGGCCCGCAGCGACCCGGGAACCUCUCGGACUUCCACAGUUCGGGCGCCUCGGGUCAUGCGGUGCCUGCCCCGUGCUUGCCGCUGGACCAGAGCCCUAACCGAGCCGCCUCCUUUCACGGCCUGCCCGCCUCCAGCGGCUCCGAUUCCCACAGUCUGGAGCCCCGAAGGGUUGCGAACCAAGGAGCCGUCGACUCGCUGGAAUACAAUUACCCUGGCGAGGCGCCCUCGGGACAUUUCGACAUGUUUUCGCCCUCCGAUUCCGAGGGGCAGCUGCCUCAUUAUGCGGCGGGGCGCCAGGUUCCCGGGAGCUCGUUUCCCGGUGCGUCGGCCAUGCCCAGAGCUGCAGGCAUGGUGGGCUUGUCCAAAAUGCACGCCCAGCCGCCGCCGCCGCCGCAGCAACCGCAGCCGCCGCCGCAGCCGCAGCAGCACGGCGUGUUCUUCGAGAGGUUCGGCGGGGCCCGCAAGAUGCCCGUGGGGCUGGAGCCGGCAGUAGGCUCCAGGCACCCGCUAAUUCAGCCUCCCCAGCAGGCCCCGCCGCCCCCUCCGCAGCAGCCCCCGCAGCCGCCGCAGCAGCCCCAGCCGCAGCCGCAGCCGCAGCCGCCGCCGCCGCCGCCGCCGCCGCCCGGGCUUCUGGUCCGACAAAAUUCGUGCCCGCCUGCGCUCCCGCGGCCGCAGCAGGGCGAGGCGGGCACGCCCAGCGGCGGCCUGCAGGACGGGGGCCCCCUGCUGCCCAGCCAGCACGCCCAGUUCGAGUACCCCAUCCACCGGCUGGAGAACCGGAGCAUGCACCCGUAUUCGGAGCCCGUGUUCAACAUGCAGCACCCCCCUCCGCAGCAGGCGCCCAACCAGCGGCUGCAGCAUUUCGACGCGCCCCCCUACAUGAACGUGGCCAAGAGGCCGCGCUUUGACUUCCCGGGCAGCGCGGGAGUGGACCGCUGCGCUUCGUGGAACGGCAGCAUGCACAACGGCGCGCUGGACAACCACCUCUCGCCCUCUGCCUAUUCGGGCCUGCCCGGCGAGUUCACGCCGCCCGUGCCCGACAGCUUCCCCUCAGGGCCAGCCCUGCAGCAUCCAGCCCCGGACCACCAGUCCCUGCAGCCGCAGCAGCAACACCAGCAGCCCCAGCAGCAGCAGCGCCAAAACGCGGCCCUCAUGAUUAAGCAGAUGGCGUCGCGGAAUCAGCAGCAGCGGCUGCGGCAGCCCAACCUGGCCCAGCUAGGCCACCCCGGGGACGUGGGCCAGGGCGGCCUGGUACACAGCGGCCCGGUGGGCGGCUUGGCCCAGCCGAACUUUGAGCGCGAAAGCACGGGCGCGGGGCGCCUGGGCACCUUCGAGCAGCCGGCGCCUCACUUGGCGCAGGAGAGCGCGUGGUUCCCAGGUCCGCACCCGCCGCCGGGGGACCUGCUGCCCCGCAGGAUGGGCGGCUCAGGCCUGCCGGCUGACUGCGGCCCGCACGACCCGGGCCUGGCGCCGCCCCCUCCCCCCGGGGGCUCGGGCGUGCUGUUCCGUGGCCCUCUGCAGGAGCCGCUGAGGAUGCCCGGAGAGGGCCACGUGCCCGCGCUGCCCUCCCCCGGCUUGCAGUUCGGGGGCAGCCUGGCGGGUCUGGGCCAACUGCAGUCGCCCGGGACUGCGGUGGGGCUGCCCAGCGCUCCCUCCGAGCGCCGGCCCCCGCCCCCGGAUUUCACAGCACCGGCGCUCGGGGGCCAGCCCGGCUUCCCGUUCAGCUCGGCGAACCGGCAGGCCACGCCGCAUAGCGGCCCAGGCGUGAACUCGCCCCCGAGCGCGGGCGGGGGCGGCGGCAGCACGGGCGGCGGCGGCGGCGGCGGUGGCGGCGGCGGCGGCGGCGGCGGCGGGGGCGCCUAUCCGCCGCAGCCUGAUUUCCAGCCCAGCCAGCGCGCCUCGGCCAGUAAGCUGGGCGCGCUGUCGCUGGGCUCCUUCAACAAGCCCAGCUCCAAGGACAACCUGUUCGGCCAGAGCUGCCUGGCUGCACUCUCCACCGCCUGCCAGAACAUGAUCGCCAGCCUCGGGGCCCCCAACCUCAACGUGACCUUCAACAAGAAGAACCCGCCCGAGGGCAAGAGGAAACUGAGCCAGAACGAGACCGACGGCGCGGCUGUGGCCGGCAACCCUGGCUCGGAUUACUUCCCCGGAGGGACUGCCCCUGGGGCCCCAGGGCCUGGAGGCCCGUCGGGGACUAGUAACAGCGGCUCCAAAGCCUCAGGGCCGCCCAACCCACCCGCCCAGGGGGACGGCACCAGCCUCUCCCCAAACUACACCCUGGAGUCAACGUCUGGGAACGACGGCAAGCCGGUCCCCGGGGGCGGAGGUCGGGGACGGGGUCGAAGAAAAAGGGACAGUGGUCACGUGAGCCCCGGGACCUUCUUCGACAAAUACUCUGCAGCGCCAGACAGCGGGGGCGCGCCUGGGGUGAGCCCGGGGCAGCAGCAGGCGCCGGGCGCAGCCGUCGGAGGAAGCUCCACGAGCGAGGCUCGCGGGGCUCCUACGCCCCACGACAAGGCGCUCACGUCGCCGUCGUGGGGGAAGGGGGCCGAGUUGCUCUUGGGGGACCAGCCGGACCUCAUGGCUUCCCUGGACGGCGGGGCCAAGUCGGACGGUAGUUCCCCGCACGUGGGCGAGUUUGCCUCGGACGAGGUGAGCACCAGCUACGCCAACGAGGACGAGGUGUCAUCGAGCUCCGACAACCCCCCAGCCCUGGCCAAAGCGAGUAGGAGCCCCCUGGUGACAGGCUCGCCCAAACUCCCUCCGCGUGGGGUGGGUGCUGGGGAACACGGACCUAAGGCUCCCCCGCCCCCGCUCGGCCUGGGCAUCAUGUCUACCUCUACCUCCACCCCUGACAGCUACGGCGGCGGGGGCACGGGCCACCCUGGCACCCCGGGCCUGGAGCAGGUCCGGACCCCAACGAGCAGCAGCGGGGCACCACCCCCCGACGAGAUCCACCCCCUGGAGAUCCUCCAGGCGCAGAUCCAGCUGCAGAGGCAGCAGUUCAGCAUCUCUGAGGACCAGCCCCUGGGGCUCAAGGGUGGCAAGAAGGGUGAGUGCGCCGUUGGGUCCUCAGGGGCGCAGAAUGGCGACAGCGAGCUGGGCAGCUGCUGCUCCGAGGCCGUCAAGAGCGCCAUGAGCACCAUCGACCUGGACUCGCUGAUGGCGGAGCACAGCGCCACCUGGUACAUGCCCGCAGACAAGGCCUUGGUGGACGGCGCCGACGACGACAAGACGCUGGCACCUUGGGAGAAGGCCAAACCCCAGAACCCCAACAGCAAAGAAGCCCACGACCUCCCUGCAAAUAAGGCCUCAGCAACCCAGCCGGGGAGCCACUUGCAGUGCCUGUCCGUCCACUGCACAGAUGACGUGGGCGACGCCAAGGCCCGAGCCUCCGUGCCCACCUGGCGGUCCCUGCACUCCGACAUUUCCAACAGAUUCGGGACAUUCGUGGCUGCCCUAACUUGAAUUGACAAGAAAUGCCCCUCCCACACCAGGCCCUUGUCUUCCCCCCACCCCUGCCCCGUGCUCCCCAAUCCCCCCCCCCAUUAAUUUGAAAGGGCCACUAUUGCUGAAGUGGAUGAUUUUUUUUCUAGGUUGGUACCUGCUUAGUGGCAUAUGGACCGGAAAGGGUUAAUUUAAAGGGGAAGAAAAAAACCUCAAAAAAUUUUUUUAAAAAAGAAAACUCGUCUGCCACAGUAUGUUACCAGUGUUAACCCUUCUGCAGUUAGCAAACUUUUGCUUCAGCCUUUUUCCUGCUAGAGAAUUCCCGUUUUUCUGUAAUCUUGGCAUACGUUUUUUUAGAUGACCUCUUUCCUUGUUUUGUUUUCAUGCUGCUGUAUGUCCGAGCAUUGUUAUUUUGUAAUAAGACAAGAGUUACUUUCUUUUUUAUUCUCUUUUAUUCUCAUUCCUCUUCCCCCUCCCACCCCCAGCCUUUUUUUUUUUUUUUCCUUUUUGCUUUGUUCACUGCUUAUUAAAAUGGAAAUCCUGGAGAAUAGUAGUUCUGGAAUAUUGCCGGGCAAAAGUCAAAUUGUCAUCACGAUAUUAUAUAUUGACACCCAACUGUCAUCAGUCAGGCAGGAGCCAAACAAUUAAUACCCCCCUUAGGUAUUCCGCCUGGGAUUUUGUUUUGUCUGUUUCCUAAGAAAAUAGAUAUAUAUUUUCGUUCCUACAAACACACGCUCAGCCUUCAGCUCCAUUCUGUCUUCUGCUGGAAGCUGUUCUCUCUGCAAUGGAGGCGAUGACGUGUCCAGCCUGCUCAGUGGGAAGGAGUCGGAAUGUUCGACAGUGGUGUUUUCUCUCCUUUUCUGGGCCUCUGUGCAAAUGCCCAGGCUCUGAAUUUUCACGCUAUGCUAAACAGCCCUGGUGUGCAUGGGGGAUGGUGCCCUUCCAGCUUGCAGAGUCUCUGGGGGCUCCUGGCUCCCACCCUGCUGCAGCCAGGCUGGCUGGGUCUUGGGUGCCCAAGUUGGGGGAGGAUCCUGUUCUCAGCCCUUGACCUUUGCCCACAGCCGGUCCCAGCCAGGCCUUGCGGGAGGAAGGAGGUGGGACUUCGGGUAUCUUCCCGACCACUCCCAAUCUGUCCCCGCUGCACAUCUAUUUCUCCCUCUCCAACCUGGGCAAUCCCCCAUCCCUGGGAGGGACGAGGCUUUUGCCAAGCACUUUCCCAGGGGCUCAGGGAAGGAGCCCCCAGGCUCAGCCUGCCAAGCUCCCCUUCUCUGCACCUGGGUGUAUUUCUUUGCAGGGGUUGGCAGGCUCUUGGGGGCUAUGGGAAGGAAACAAGAAACAUAAUCAAUGACUUUGAUGCUUGGGCCUUUUUCUUUAACCCCAGAAUACCCCCCCACACCUUUUGAUUUAAUCUCACCCUCUUGCAAAACUAGAGCCAUGUCUCAUGCGCCUUACCAAGGAAUAAUCUCCUUGAGCAGAGAUGGGGGGCAGCCAGGUGAACAGACAGCAGCAAGCAGGGCACCUGGAGCCCCGUCGAGGACCCAGAGUGGCAGGUGUCAGAGGCCCAGUGUUGGGGCGGGCACCUUUGGGUGCUGUGCAUACCUACAAAAGGCUCAUAUGACUUGGAGGGGGGUCGUGAGGGGCACACAGAUUCCAGGAUGGGUCAGACAAGAAGUGACUGAUAGCCUUUCACCCAAAUCAGUAACUCCCCCAUUUUCCUUCUAUUUUUUUGAUAGAGCAAGUCUUACUAAAUGCUGUUUUGAGCUUGGUGCCCCCUCCCCUCUGUCCCCAGGUACCCAAAACCCAGAGUUUCUAGACCUGGCUUUUGUUUUUUUUUUUGUUUUUUUUUUAGCAAGUGACUUUGGGUUCACCAUACAACACCCAACACCCACAUUGUUUAUUUCAAAGAACUUUUCAGCAAAAGGGGAAGAGUCCAGAAAAAUCUCGCUCUUUCCCCUCCCUCUUCAUUCCUGCAGGGGCCCUUUUGGCUCAGGUCCGCGUCUGGAUGGUCCUUGCUGGGGACAUCGGACCGGGGGCCUGGCCCCCAGGGGCCCGCAGAAGGCAGGCAGAAGAGCAGGUGGUGUGAACUGAUCAGCAGUGGGAAGGUGUGAACUGACUCAGUCCCCGAGUUCUGCCACCAGAGGAAAGAGAAAGAGAAUGUCCCUCCUGCCAGGGGCCGCAGGAGAAAUCAGCCAUAGUCUGAGCAAAACUCCACGCCCCCUCCGAUUCUGCAAUGUACAGCUGUUUGAGAGCUUUAUCACUUUAUUUUUUAAACAGGAAUGAUUUCUCCUUCAUUGCUUAAGGCCGGGGAGCCAAGCGUCUUGACUUCCGUCUUUGACUUUCCCUGCGUUGAGUUCAUUAGCACCUGGCCAUCAGCUCGUGGCCCUAGCAACGUCGGAAACCCCUGAAGUUUUAAACUUUCUCGCUCCCCAUGACCCCAGAAUGGAACAGCUUUAAAAAUAGCCUUAAGCAAAAGGAUGUUAUUUCAUUAAAUUUGGUUUAAUGGAAAGAAUAAAAGCAAAUUAAAAACAUACCCAACCCACGAGACUCCAAACACUGGUAAUCGGUACUGCAUAGCAAACUUUUUUUGGGAAAGAAAACGAAAACGUUAUUGCACAUGUAAAAUAUAAAAUCUUAACUCUGCUGUGUGUUAGGCAAUCCUGUAAUCUUUUUUGACUCUUAAAAGAAAUUCAUUUCUGAAAUGCUUGGUUGGAAGACUGUGACAAUAGCUCAUGAAAUUGAGUGUUAUUUUUUCUUUCUUUUUUAAAAAAAUAUGUAAAGUGCAGUCUUCUGUAUUCAUGCAUAUUGUAUAUACCUGUAUAUGUUUUCCUGAGCAGCUAAAUAACAAUAAAUAUGACGUUAAUGGUGA